CCGACGCUUUUUGUGUUUGGGUGUGUUAGGUGGUUGAAAUCCGGGCCGCCCACCCGUCCGAAUCUGUUCACAUUCCCAUCCUUUUGUCAAUUUGUGACAAGCUUGCCUUAGUAUGACGGACCAGCAGUUGGACUGCGCGCUGGACCUGAUGCGGCGCCUGCCGCCGCAGCAGAUCGAGAAGAACCUCAGCGACCUGAUCGACCUGGUGCCGGGCCUGUGCGAAGAGCUGCUCUCGUCCGUCGACCAGCCGCUCAAGAUCGCCCGCGACAAGACGGUCGGCAAGGACUACCUGCUCUGCGACUACAACCGGGACGGCGACUCGUACAGGUCGCCGUGGAGCAACACGUACGACCCGCCGCUGGACGACGGCACCAUGCCGUCGGACCGGCUGCGGCGGCUAGAGAUCGACGCCAACGCCGCCUUCGACCAGUACCGCGACAUGUACUUCGAGGGCGGCGUCUCGUCCGUCUACCUCUGGGACCUGGACCACGGCUUCGCAGGGGCGAUCUUGAUAAAGAAGGCCGGCGACGGCUCGAAGAAGAUCAAGGGCUGCUGGGACGCCGUGCACGUGGUGGAGGUGCAGGAGAAGUCGACCGGCCGCAACGCCCACUACAAGCUCACCUCCACCGUCAUGCUGUGGCUGCAGACCAACAAGGAGGGCUCGGGCACCAUGAACCUGGGCGGCUCUCUCACACGACAGACGGAGCAGGACGCCGUGGUGAGCGAGACGUCGCCGCACAUCGCCAACAUCGGCCGCCUCGUUGAGGACAUGGAGAACAAGAUCCGCAACACGCUCAAUGAGAUCUAUUUCGGCAAGACGAGGGACAUCGUCAACGGACUGCGCUCGGUGGCGCCGCUCGAAGCGCAGAGGCGCCAAGCGGCGCUGCAGAACGACCUGGCCGCGGCGCUCCAGAAACGUCAGACCAAGAUAGAGUAGCGCGCCGCCCGGCGGCCGAAAUGCGAACUCAUAGUGCCGGCGGCCGGCGCCAGAGGCCCGCCCGGAAGCGUGCGGCGCGCCCGCGCCGCAGCCCUUUUUACCCCCGCUGUACCCGACCCCCCGGUAGUUGUGUUUGGGGCGCGCCCGGCCCCGUCGCCCGCGCCGCUGUGAUGGCGCCACCGGUCCUGUUGGUUUGCUACGGGGUUUCUGUUACGCGCCGGAUCGAUUGUGAUGUGUGCCUGACCGUCGGCGGUGGCAGCCGUGCCCGCGGACGUGAAGCACCGCGCGCCGCCGCCAGCCGCCCUGUUUAUCCCUCGUCUAGGUGCGGCCGCGUCGCGCGCGCCGCCUGAGCCGCCGCCGCCGUGUACAUACCGCCAGGGGACGCCGAGUGCCCCGCCCCCCCCGGCCGGCGCCGGGCCCCGGGCUCGCUGAUCGCCGGCGAGCCACCGAGCGCCGCCGGCGGGCGUUGCGUAUUUAUAAAUUCACGGCUAUGAUUGUUGCUAUAUGAAUACAUAUUUUG